UAGCCAGACGUAAUACGCAGUACUAAAAAACUGUGAUUCCAUGAUCCACAUUGACAGCUUAGUCUAUGACCUCAUCCACUAAUCUCCUGUCAGUUGGAUCGAGGCGCCAGUGGCGAAAACAGUCAAGGAAAAAUACGAAAAAAUGCCUACAUGCGUUGUGAAACUGUGUAAAAAUGACACAAAUAAAAAGAAAAAAAAAGACGGUAUCACUUUUCAUAGGAUUAAAAAAGAGGAUGAAUACUGGACUAAUAAUCUGGUAGAAAUUAUUAGAAAAAGCAGGAAUGAAACUGAUUGGUACCCUUCAAAUUCAAGCGUGAUUUGUAGUGUACAUUUUGACGAUAAUGAUUUCUACACCACAGAAGGAGGACGUCUCUAUCUUGUGAAAAAUGCGAUACCAAAGAAGUUUUUGGAGCCUUCAUGUUUCCAGGAAGAAAACUUAGUUGAUUCAUCUAUACCUACAACGGAAUUAAAAUCAAGUACCGUGGAAUUAGACCAACCUCACACAUCUCAGAAACUCAAUCUCACUGUGCCUGGAUUGCCAUUUGAAGCUGAAACUGGAGCCCUGGAGACAAAGAGUACACUCGUGGAAGAAAAAGAAACCUCCGACCCAAAAACUCUCCUCUAUGUACAAAAGGCAGGUAUCUGUAAUACAAUAGGUACUUACCGUAAAUUAAAUGCAACUAAAAUAUCACUGUUGUUUUAUAUGUUUUAUAAAUAA